CAUAUUUCUUAGAAUCAUCAUGAAGAUUUUUGUCUUUCUUAUGGUCCUGGUGGUUGCAAGUGGCAAGCAAUAUGAGAGAUGUGAGCUUGCAAGGGCCUUAAAAGCUUUUGGAAUGAAUGGCUAUGCGGGUGCAAGUCUGGCUGAUUGGGUUUGCCUUACCAAAUGGGAGUCUAACUACAAUACUGCAGCCACUAACCACAACACGGGUGGUUCAACAGACUAUGGGAUUUUCCAGAUCAACAGUCGUUACUGGUGCAAUGAUGACCGCACCCCAGGCCGUACUAGCAAUGGCUGUAAAAUCAACUGCUCACAGCUUCUGAGCAAUGACAUUUCUUUGUCUAUUAAUUGUGCCAAGAUCAUAGGAAAGAUGCAAGGCAUUACUGCAUGGUACGGUUGGCUAAACCACUGUAAGAACCAUGAUGUGAGCCCAUACAUUGCAGGAUGUGGGGUUUAAGAGAAGAACUUUCCACGUGUACAUGGACAAAAUAAUGUUCCAGUAAUGUGUACAAAUAAACAUGCAUGAAAUUCCUCAUAAGACUUUAUUUUUGUAAGCAGGUUACAUCAGUAUACUUCCAAUGAAUACAAGAAGACAUCAUUACAAUGAUCCAGAAAUUAAAAAAGAAAAACUAACAAUUGUAUUUAUUAAGAUAAAGUAAAAAAAUAAAAAGAGGAAAGUUUUAGUUAAGAAUUUAAAGGUGAAGUGUAUAAUUUCUGCACCACUAUGGAGCUAAAUAAAAGACUAAAAGAUUUUAAUUAGAAUUUUGUGAAUUUGAGACAUGUGGAAUUUAACAAAAUUUUUAUAGUUUUAGUGGCAUAUUCUAUAGAUUGGUAUUUUGAAAAGGCAGAUUUUGUGUUCUGAACUUUUUUAGAGGUGAAAUUAACUCUUAAAAAUCUCUAAAUAAUCAGACUAUAAUAUUACAGCUGAAGAAGAAAUUCAAUAUUCUAAAAUUCAAAACACAAAAUUCAGAUCUUACAGAAAGUAGGCAAGAGUUCGAGCAUCCGGGUUCCACAUGGAAAAGUAGAGGGUUUCAGAGAAGUCGAAUGGAGCAUUUUGGCCUGUCACAGAGCUACAAUAGCAUUUCCAGCAUUUGCAGUGAAAACUAAAAAUUUAAUAUAUACCAAGUACCCAUGACCAGUAUAUAUUGAACCAUUUCAAUGAAUGAUCAUAGACAUUUGCAGAUAGAUUCCAGUUAGGGCUAUCACAAAUAUAAAAUUUGUCUGACGAUUAAUUGUCAAACAAAGAUUUUUGAUUUUGAUGAUUAAUUAUUUGUUUUAGGACUGUGAUGAUUAAUUGUCUUGUUAAGUGCUUUCGCAAUUAAUUGUCAUGUAAAUUGUCAUAUUUUUUUAAGGUUUGCUUUUUCUGCAUGUGUGCUUCAUUCACCUUACAAAUAUA